UUUAUGAAGUGGAUAUUUUUCUUUUCAAAGAUAUUCUAUAAUUUAUUCAUUUACAAACACUGUGUUAAUUUAUAACACAAGAUUAGUAUUUGAAAAUGUCUGCUCCACGAUUGCCACCGCUUCCAUCUAUUCGAGAAAUAUUAAAACUGUACCGAUUAAAUGCCGUGAAACGUUUGUCUCAAAAUUUUCUUCUAAAUCCAAAUAUUCUCGAUAAAAUCAUUGCAAAAUCAGGAAACCUCACCGGGAGCCAAGUAUUAGAAGUCGGUCCUGGUCCAGGUGGAUUAACUCGAUCCAUCUUAAGACGGGUUCCGAAACGAUUAGUAGUUGUAGAAAAAGAUACCAGAUUUAAGCCGACUUUAGAUAUGUUAAAGGACUCAUUUCAAGCGAUUAAUGGAAAAAUGGACAUAAUAUACGACGAUAUCAUGAAAAUAAAUAUGGAAGGUUUAUUCCCAAUGGAAGAAAAGGUAAAUUGGGAUAAUAAAGCUCCGGAUAUCUAUAUCAUAGGCAAUUUACCGUUUAACGUAUCGACACCUCUCAUAAUUAAAUGGCUACACGCGAUAGCCGAACGUCGCGGACCUUGGGCAUAUGGUAGAACGAAAAUGACGUUGACGUUUCAAAAAGAGGUAGCGGAACGUUUGGUGGCUGAAGCCUCAGGCUACCAACGAUGCAGAUUAUCGGUAAUGGCACAAGCUUGGACGUUUCCGGUACUUCGUUUUAUUAUACCUGGUAAAGAGUUUAUUCCAAGACCAGAUGUCGAUGUGGGAGUAGUAUCGUUUACGCCAUUGGUCAAGCCACGCACGCAGCAUGAUUUCAAAUUAUUUGAAAAAAUAACGAGGCACAUAUUCAGUUUUAGACAAAAGUACAGCAUACGAUGCAUCGAGACUCUAUUUCCAUUGUAUUGCCGCAAGGAGUUAGGUCUGAUGAUGUAUAAAUUGUCCGACUUGGAUCCAACGAUUAGGCCGCAACUUACCGUAGAUGACAUCGAUAGACUAACGACCGCCUAUAAAUACCUAGUGGAAAAACAUCCGGAGCUCGCUUUAUAUGAGUAUCGAGCGUCUCGCCAUUUGUUAACAACAAGUAACACGAAAGACAUUGAAGUUGAGGAUUAUAUGGAAAUGUCGGAAGAAAUGACUACCUAACCGAACUGGUUCGCAACACAGACACACGCAAACGUAUUAUAUUUAAAUUUUAUUAAAUCGCAGAUUUGUAAUGCAGCAGACUAAUUUGUUACAAUAAAUUUCGAUUAUAUAAUUGUGUGAAAACUUCUCUGUAAAUAUACAUUUAUAUACAUGUA